AUGAAUCCCGUUUAUCGAAAACCCUUUUUAAUCCUCUCUUUUUUCACCCCCAAAACUCCCCCAUUUCCAGCCUAUUUCAAGAUUUCUCAUAGUUGCUCAUUUUCUACACACAAUUCAGUUUCCAGCUACCCGUCAAGGCGGCACGAGGAGGAGAGCCGUAAUGUUCGGGUAUCAGUAUGGUGGGAUUUUGAGAACUGCAGCUUGCCUAUUAAUGUUAAUGUCUAUAGAGUAGCACAGUGCAUUACCAAUGCUAUCAGGGCUAAUGGGAUUAAGGGUCCUGUUCAGAUUACGGCUUUUGGAGAUGUAAUGCAGCUCUCCAGGGCUAACCAGCAGGCCCUUUCGGCUACCGGGAUCAAUCUUUCCCACAUUCCCUCUGGUGGAAAGAACAGUGCUGAUAGAUUUCUUGUCGUAGAUCUUAUGCAUUGGGUUUCCCAAAACCCUCCACCAGCACACAUUUUCUUAAUAUCCGGUGACAGGGAUUUUGCUGCCAUUCUGCAUCGGCUUAGGAUGAACAACUACAAUAUCUUAUUAGCUAGUAAAGAUAGUGCCCCCAGUGUUCUAUGCAGUGCUGCAAGCAUCAUGUGGCAGUGGAACACUCUGAUUAUGGGGGAGAAACUCAUGGGAAAGCAUUUUAACCAACCUCCAGACGGUCCAUACGGUUCUUGGUAUGGCCAUUACAAGGCACCUUUUGAAGACCCAUUUGCAGUUACGGAGCAAUCACCAUGUUUGCGUUCUGACGAAUUGUCUGAGUUGAGUUCAGAUUCUAAACUUCGACCAAUUCCAAAGACUGUUUUAAAGCAACUUCGCCGUAUUCUGUACUCACACCCCAAGGGAAUUCUUAUUACAGAACUUCGUUCAGAAUUAGCUAAGAGUAAUUUGAUUGUUGACAAGGACUUAUAUGGAUAUAAAAAGUUCUCUCGUUUUCUUUUAGCCAUGCCACAUCUUUUAAAGCUCCAGUCAGGUAAUGAUGGCCAGUUCCAUGUACUUGGUGUUAAACCCAAAGUUUCUGAUGAAUCACUUCCAAGUGUAUAUGAAGAACCAGUAUCCAAUAUUGGAGAACCUGAAAUUGGUUAUGUUCGAAAACCAAAUGGGACUACUGAAAAGUCAGAAAAGGAAGGGAUUGAAAUGCAAGAACAACCAAAAAGUCGGGAAAAGUGCUCUCCAACAAAAAUGGAAGAGGUACAAGAGAAAAAUCAGGAAGUAAACGUCCAGGAGUCAACCAAAAAAGUUGAAUUGUCUUCUCCACUUUUUGAAAUCGUGGAUCUUUCGAAAGAUAGUAAGAGUCAAGUACGUGCUGCAGCUGACGCCGAACUUGGCAUUUUCAGAUGGAUAUCGAGGAAUUGGUUUAGGAGUAAAGAAAACGAUUCAAAGAAGACUAUCCAUUGUAAACAAAAAAAAAAUUCUAAUGGGAAGAAAAGGGUGGAGGAGGAAAAUGUAAUAUCAGCAGGUUAUCCUGCCGAAUCAGUUAGCCCCAUUUCACCAUCAAGUCAUGAGGCAACUGUUGAUAGAAAGACUGCUAGAAAUUCUGAUUCAAUUGUUGGAAAACCCAAGCAAGUUUCGAGCAUUUUCGUUCAGAUUAUGAGCUGGUGUAAAUUUUGGGGAUCAACUGACUCUGAUUAUGCAUCUGAAGAAUCUGAUAAAUUAAACCAGACGAAAAAUGAUUCAAAGAAGGAUGAUGUAAUUUCUAACGAAGCCUUCUGGAAUGAACUGGAGGCAUUUAUGAACACGUCCCAAGGUUCAGACCUUGUCUUGCAGUCAAGGACCAGGGUGCAUCUAGCAGAAAAUUUACAAAGCCAGGGACCUUCAGUUCUGAGAGCCAUUCCUCAAGGAGAUCUUCUUCAUCUGGUCGACUUAUUGAUCUCUGAUAAGAAAUGGGUUGAGGAGUCUCAAUCUCAAACCUCUCCUUUCAAAGUUAUUUCGUAUACAGCUAAUGAUCAUCCUCGGUGUUCAAGUGGGUUGAGUUCUCUGUUUCAGGUCGGACAACAACAUUCCACUUUAAGAGAACUUGGGGAGAGAGAGGGCCAAAAUCCUCCUCAUACUGGAGUUCCUCAAACUGUAUCUCAGGGAGAUUGUUCUAGCAAGUCGAGAGAUGAGAUAUUGAUCGAUUGUCAAAACCUUGUCGAUCAUAUUCUGAAGGAAUAUCCACAAGGAUUUAACAUGGGAUCAUUUAGGAAACUGUUUCUUGAAAAAUACUGCUAUACUCUUGAUUUACAGAAGCUUGGUUACCAAAAGCUAGUUAGUCUGUUACAAGUAAUGCCUGGGGUGACUAUAGAAUCUAAUUUUAUUUUUCCUUUCGAAGUGUUGAAGAGUCGUCAAGAAAGUAAUGUUGGUCCAGUGGCUAUUUCAGACAGUGAAUCGUCCGAUGGUUUAAGUAAGGAUGAUUGUUCCGAAUCUCCUUGGGAAGAACUUGGGCCAGUUUCAAAUGCCGACCUUGAAAAAAAUGAAAUAGAUCCCGGGUUUACUGGGAAACCCAUAAAUGACAGGGCUGAGCCAACACUUGAAUAUGAACCUUUAGGAGAGGAUGACCUUUCCGAUUCAGAGGAAGAGUCGUCCUCCGCAAAGUCGGAGAUCGAAGCUAAGUCUCGACAGGACCAGGAAGAUAGCUCAUUACUGCAUAUUCUUGACUCUUGGUACAGUAGCCAAGAUGAUAAAAGUAGAAAGGAUGCAGUAGAGAGCACGAGCAACACGUCAGAUUGUUCUGCACCAAAUGAAUUUGGUGCCAAGACGGAAGGUCCAAGUUUAAAUCACACAGGGAAGAAGAAACCUAGCAAGAGCUAUUUGUUUGUCUCUGAACAUUCUGGAGAUAAUAAGGAUAGACUAGUCGACGGUAUAUUGAAUAGCUUGAAAAAGUCAAGCGAGAAGUCUGGUGAGUCGAGUGUCUCAGGCUGA